AUGGAAAGGUCACCAAGUUCCCAGAUAUCAGCCUGCGAUCACUUAAUAGUCGUUUGCAGUCAUGCGAUAUACAUUGGCGGACCUACAAAGGGUGUCUCUGAGGAUGAAUGGUUGAUUGAACCUUUCCAAAGGGGUGAAACACCCACAUUUACUGCACAUGUUCAGGCUGGUCUUCGAGCAUUGGCGGACGAUCCGCAUGGACUGCUGGUAUUUUCUGGAGGCCCAACAAAGAAAGACAGAACUGACUUAGCGGAAGGCACCUCAUAUCAUAAUUUGGCCAAAGACAAUGAUUACUACUCUUACUCUUCGAGGAUCCAUCCUGACCGAGUCAUUACCGAAACCAACGCUACGGACUCCUAUCAGAAUGUGCUUUUCUCUCUGCUCAGAUUCAGAUCGUACGUCGGAGCGUAUCCGAGAAAGAUCACCGUUGUUACGCACGAAUUCAAGCGCCAGCGGUUCAUGGAGUGUCAUUUUCCGGCUCUUGGAUUGAGGGCUGGGGGCCAAGCUUCGUGUCCUGGAGCUGUCGUUGGGAUCAAUCCUCCGGAAGAAGUAACGCCUCUCGCGUCGCUGAUAUCAGGGGAAGAGAAGAGUGGGAUUGGCCUGUGGAGGCUGGAUCCGUAUGGUGUCGGCGAAGAGCUAGCUGCGAAGAGAGUUAAACGAGGAUGGAAGCCUGGCAAGGAAGCCGAACUGUUUGUUGGGAUGAAGUUGGACGCUGUCGUUGAGGAGCUGCUUCGUUGGAAAGGGGGAGUGAACGGUGAUGAAUUGUUUCCGAAGCUGGAUCAGUUGCCGUGGUACUGA